UUUAAUGUUGUUACCUUGAAUUAAUUUGUAACGUACUGUUUUUAAAUUUUAAAUUCUAUUUAUUAGAUUUCUCCUCCAAAUAGACAGACGGUUGGAGGUCUAAACUUUACACUAACAAAUUUUUUUAUUAUUCUACGUGGUUGGAUAACAAUUGAAAUUUUAUUUCAACAAAAAAAACGAAAUCCCCUUUGGGCUGGAGAGAUUCUCAAAAGUCAAAAUUUUUUUUCAAACUUUACGUUUAAGUGGACGUUGUGCAGCACUGGCGGAUCAGCUGCACUUGUUGGGGUUUUUUAACAGCGUGAGCUGCGUUACGUGGUGUCCUCCGGGUUGCGGUUGGCAAGAGAUGCAGGGAGCCAGAGUUUUGAGAGGGCUGCUUCCAAAGAUAUGGGGCCAUGGUGACGGAGUGAUCCGGCAGAGGAUCCCGCAGACACAAGCCAGUGUCGGUAUCGUGCCACGGUUUUUUUCCACAAAUCCUGGUAAUAAACCGGCAAGCGGAUUGCGUGACUUGCCGCACUGCAAUGUAGGCACCAUCGGCCAUGUGGACCAUGGGAAGACCACCCUCACUGCCGCCAUCACCAAGAUCCAGUCGAACAAGGGCAUGGCAGAGUACUUGUCCUACGACCAAAUAGACAGGGCUCCUGAGGAGAAGGCGCGGGGCAUAACUAUCAACGCCUGCCAUAUCGGGUAUGCCACAAGUAAGCGCACCUACGCCCACACCGACUGUCCAGGUCAUGCGGAUUAUAUAAAGAACAUGAUCUCGGGGGCAUCGCAAAUGGAUGGCGCUAUCCUGGUGGUUGCAGCCACCGAUGGACAAAUGCCUCAGACCCGAGAGCAUCUUCUGCUGGCCAAACAAGUGGGCAUCCAACGUAUCGUGGUCUUUAUCAACAAGGCAGAUCUGGUCGAUCAGGAGGUUCUUGAGCUGGUGGAGAUUGAGAUGCGCGAGAUGCUCAGUGACUUUGGAUUUGAUGGCGUCAACAGUCCGGUUAUUUGUGGAUCAGCUUUGUUGGCUCUUCGGGAGGAUCAAUCGGUGUUCGGUGUGCCAGCUAUCGAAAAGCUUUUGGAGCAUUGUGAUUCCUAUAUACCAACGCCACAAAGGGAUUUCGCAGCGCCGUUCAUUCUGCCCAUCGACAAUGCCUUCACUGUUCCCGGACGAGGUACAGUGGUCGUGGGCACUAUUAAGCGAGGAACCAUUCCCCGGAAUGCAGAGGCCGAUCUUCUGGGCUUUAACCAGAACCUAAAGACCAGCAUAAGCGACAUUCAAAUCUUCCGGAAGAGCGUACCCCAGGCGCUUGCCGGAGAGAAUGUGGGCGCCCUAUUACGUGGAAUCAAGAUAUCCGCUGUGGAGCGCGGUAUGCUGCUCUGUGCCACGGGCUCUGAGGAUAUUUCAAACCAUUUCGAAGGCUCUAUGUACCUACUGUCGCGGGCCGAAGGUGGUCGCGUGAAACCUAUGCUUUCCAAGUAUAUUCAGCAACUUUUUAGUCAAACGUGGAAUGUUCCGGCUCGGAUCGAUAUUGUGCCCAGUGAAGCUAUGCUAAUGCCUGGCGAGCACGGUCAAGUGCGCGUCACUCUGUUGAGGAAAAUGGUGAUGACAGCUGGCCAGGCAUUCACGAUACGAGAGAACGGAGCAACGGUCGCCACGGGAAUGAUAACACAACGACUGCCGUCGCUGGACCUGCCCAAGAACAAGCUCUCAAAAGCGCUGGUGGAUUGUUAACGUCUGGCAAUUAUAUUUGUACAAAACUCAUAAAUUGCUGUUCAUUAUACAUUCUUGUUUCGUUAAUAUAUGUGUGUAUUUUAUAGGUA